AAUUACUCUCCUGAAAAAUAGUGUUUUAUUGAUAAGAGAUUGAGAUACAUAUUUUACAUCACAAGACUAGUUACCUUGUUACAAGUUAGUUAUUUUAAUCUACUCCUCUAACAAACUUCAAUUACACUCAGGAUUGAAUUACAAAUCAACAACUCCGCCCCUAAAUAUGAGACUCUCAAAAACCUCUUUACUCCUGAAAAAUGGGUGUUCAAAUAACACUCCCCGUAAUAAUAUUACCUUUGAUUCCACUUAUUAACAUCAAUGAAUGAAUUAGUAAAAAAAAUAAAAUAAAAAAUCAAUGAAUGAAUUUCUCACCACUAAUUUAUUUGACAAAAAAUACACUAUUUGCUUUUUUAAUAUAGAACAAAAAUUACUAUAAAAGGAGUAAAGAGCUUUAUUCGACUCAAAGGAAAUAAGAGCUAAAAAUAGCAUAUUCUAUGUUUGCUUUUAAAAACCUUAUUUAAUCUUAUAGGAAUAAAAAACAUCAUUUAGUAUCAUAGAAGAUAUUUUGAUAACAUCACUACACUUUUUGAGCCUUGUGGGGUGUCCCUCUCUAAAUAAGCACACUUCUUCUCUCUCCUUGUCCCUUUCCUCAUCAGUUUCCCUUUCUCUUUACCAAAUAUAGCCACUAAAAUAACCAACAAGGCAAACCUGUUGUCUCAUCUCAUCAUCUCAUUAUAGUUAAAUAUCCAACUCACCACACAAAACACACACACUCACAAAUACUCUCACGGUUACCUCAUUUCUUCAACCAUGAUGAUUCACUAUAUAUACACUACCUUACUCUUCAAUCUUUUUACACCAACUCUCUUUUCAAUUCUCACUUCUCUUGAUCUCAAAACCAUUUUCAUCUCCAGUCUCCAACACAUAAAUAUGUUUACUAGUAGUAGCAGCUCUUCUUCUUCACAACCUAUUUCGUCGGAACCAUCCUCUUCCUCCCGCACGAUAUCACUGCCGAAUUUAGAGGUAUCUCAUGAGAUAUCGUUUUCCAACGAGGAGGUGCGGUUAGCUGCAACUACCCCGAAGAAGCGUGCAGGGAGAAAGAAGUUCAAGGAGACUCGCCACCCGGUUUACAGGGGUGUCAGGAGGAGGAACUUAGAUAAAUGGGUAUGUGAAAUGAGGGAGCCUAACAAGAAGACUAAGAUUUGGCUAGGGACUUUUCCAACGGCCGAGAUGGCAGCUAGAGCACAUGAUGUUGCAGCAUUGGCAUUGAGGGGUCGUUAUGCUUGUCUAAACUAUGCAGACUCGGCUACGCGGCUUCCUAUACCUGCAACUACAGAGACAAAAGAUAUACAAAAGGCAGCUGCAGCAGCUGCUGAGGCUUUUAGACCAAACAAUAUUUUAAUGACUACCGACAUUGAAGACACAGCUGAAGCUUCCGCCGCUACAGAGGAGCCGCUUAUGUUUAGUUUGGAAGAGGAAGAAGAGGGAGAGUUGAACAUUCCAGAGUCAUUGAGGAAUAUGGCACUAAUGUCCCCUACACAUAGCUUAGAGCAUGAGCAUGAGCAUGAGCAUGUUAAUGAAGAUUUUCAAGAUGUUGAGGUGUCACUAUGGAGUUUUUCAAUUUGAUUUUUUUACGUUUUUUAAUGUUUUUUCAGUUGUAUUUUAUUUGUUUGGUUUAUUUUUUAUUGAAUUUUUAUAUAAAGUUUACUGUUAUUUUUGGAUUGUAAUGGACCAUUUUUUAUCAGUAGUACUGAUAUUGUAUAUAUACAUAAAUGGAAGUUGAAAAAAUUAUAUUUUUAUAGCUUUUCUGUGAAUGAAACUAAACAAGUAUAAAGUGCAUCUCAUCCGUUUUAUAAUAUUGCAAUAUGACAGAUCAAUAUCCCUUUACUAUCACGUGAUUUCAUUAUUCCAUUUCCAUAACUGAUUAUGCUACUAGUAUGAUUUUUUCAGUCUAUGUUAUAAUAUGAAAUGUCAAAUGGAAUUAAGUGUGUUGACACAUUAAGCUGAUUUCAAGUUGAGUUUUGGUCAAUAGUUGUACAGUGUACUCACUCCGACCGUAUUUAUAAGAAAAUGUCAACUUUUCAAAUUCAUUGAAUAAGUGAUGUAUCUGAUCUAUAUUAUAACACAUGAGGUAGUAAAGCUGGCAGCAAAGUGAUCAGAAAUCUAAACAAUAACACAACAAUGCAACAACAGCAAAAUUCCCAAAUCAGAAAUUAAACACAACAUUAAUAACUCAAACAGCCAAUAUAUUUAUUACCACCAAAUACCCAUUGCAUUUUGCUUCUAAGGCCAAUUUUAAUCAAGUGAUUGGUCCCGAAUGAGCUUCUAUUAAGACGAAUCAUUCGGUAGAAUCUAAGUUCAAUUUUUUAGAAGAACAAUUUUUUGUUAGAGUCUAUUUACGUCACAGUCGAAUUCUAGAUUAUCAGAUGUUUUCCCCGAAACAGGGUUAACACAGAAAAAAAUGACAUCUUUAUAAACUACACAAUUUUUUACUCAGUCUGUUCCAAAAUCAGAAAUAAAACCAAAUUAAUAUCAAAAUAAAUAACAAGGAAACACUCAAUUCAACAAAAAAUUGGGGAUUUUCUCAAAUCAAAUAUUUAACUUAUUUAACAGGAGGAUAAAGUUUAUGAUUAUCAACGAAAAUUCAGGAUUUUUAGUUUGAAAGAAUGAACUGAAUAAAAAAUAAAGCAGCGGAAUAAGAAACUCACCUUAGAAGGAGAAGAAGGCGGCGACGGCGGAAGGAGAGUUCCGGCACGGUGGUUCCGUUAGAAAAUAUUCUUGUUAGAAAAGUAAGAAAAUGGAAGAACUCAUAAUUGGGAAAAAGAAGAAAAUGUGAAUAGU